AUCACAUGCUAUUUUUGUCAUGUGACAUACAAGAUGGUGGGUAGGCCUUGUCAAAUAGAUAAGCAGCUGUUUACUUAACAAUUACCACAAUUUCAAUUGGAACUCAGUAAAAAGAAUAUACCAUGAGUGUUUUCAAAAAGCUUAAAGGGACAUUUCAAAAUGUGCAACAAGAUAUAGUGGAUGGGUAAGUUAAAGUUGCACAAUAAUCAUGCGAAUAAUUUCUUGGUUUUAUCGCCACAAUCAUUUUAAAAGUUGAGUUUUAUUAGUUUUGUUUAAAAGGUGUAACACUCAACUGACAACUGUCUUAGACUGUCUACUUAAGUCUACUGUCAAUGUCUUGUCUAAAACUUUUAAAUUUUAGAGUAACUUCACUUAAUAAUUACUAACUCAUUUUUUUGUCAUAGUCUUGAGUCAGACUUAUUAAUAAUUUACUUAAUUUUAGUUAUUAUACUUAUUAUUAGUAUUAUUAGCCUAAUUACUUUUAAAUUUGAUUAUAAAUAUAAAUUAAUCAUAAUUAGGUCUAUUAUUAUGAUGAUUAUAAUUGAUACUAGUGUAGUAAUUGAAUCAGUCUGGUUACACUUGAAUCAGUAACAAACUACUAAUUUAACUAGUUAAUUUAAAUAUUAGGCUAUAACAUUAACAUUUAUAUGUAUAGUUCCUAUAGGCUUUAAGGGCCUACUAUAUUUAUACAAAAUAUUUUCCUAAUGCCUAAUUUGUUGUUGUUCAUCCGUCGAAGUCGACUAGGACCAUCGAGUCAUCCGGUUGGGGGAGGUUGGGAUUACGGUGAUGUCGUAGGUGGCUUGCUAGACCGAUCCUUGCUCGGAAUAAUCUAUGACACCGUGGGCAUGGAAUAGUUGCUUCAGACGGUGACCUAAUGUUGCUCUUUCGGACAAGCCUGUGUGUCUCAGCUGUGGUUAUUCUAUUAGCUUCAUGGGAUUUAGUCCCCUUCUUGACAGCAGCUCUCCACCUGGCUCUGUCCUGAGCUGUCUGCACCCAUUGAGUAGGGUUUAUACUGAAGACCUUUAGUGCCACUCUCAGUGAGUCUUUGUAAUGCCUUUUUUGACCUCCUUGGGAGCGCGUACCUAUCGUGAGUUCUCCGAAGAAUAAUUGUUUCGGGAGCCGGUGGUCUUCCAUAUGGGCUACGUGUCCCACCCAACGGAGCUGAGACUGAAUCAGAGUGGUGAAGAUACUUGGUAUGUUCGCUCUAGCGAGGACCUCGGUGUCAGGGACUUUGUCUUGCCACCUGAUGUCAAGGAGUUUCCUGAGGCAGGUAGUGUGAAAAUGAUUCACUGGUAGACUGUCCACGUUUCACAUCCAUAGAGCAGUGUCAGGAGGACUGCUGCGCUAUAGACCUUGAGCUUUGUUUCUCGUCUGAUACCUCUUCUGUCCCAAACAGUGCUGCGUAGUCUGCCAAAUAUGGCACUAGCUUUUGCGAGUCUGCCAUUCAUUUCAUCAUCCAUGACGACAGAUCUGGAGAGGGUGCUGCCCAAGUAAGUAAAUUUAUCCACCGGGUUGAGACGCUGUCCACUUAUGAUGAUGUUGGGUUCAACGUAGGGCUUACUGGGAGCUGGCUGAUACAUCACCUCAGUCUUCUUUGUAUUGAUUGUGAGGCAAAAGUUAUUGCAGGCCUCAGAGAAGAUAUCAAGGCUGUGUUGCAUGACGACUUCUGAGGGAGCGUUGAGGGCACAAUCGUCUGGAAACAGAAGCUCAUUGAUCGUGGUAUGUUUGACCUUGGUUUUAGCUUGAAGCCUCCUAAGGUUAAAUACUGAUCCAUCAGUACGAAACCGGAUUGGCAAGCCCGUGGUGGAGUCCUUAAACGCAUCAGACAGCAUUGCAGAAUACAUAAUACUGAAGAGUGUGGGAGCAAGAACACAACCCUGCUUUACACUGUUUGUGACAGGGAAUGCCUGAGACGAUUUACCGUUGUCCUGCACUCGGGCCAUCAUACCAUCAUGCAGCUGACGGAUGAUUUUGGUGAACUUGUCUGGGCAUCAGUAUUUCUUCAUGAUUUUCCACAGGCCACCUCUAUUGACCCUGUCAAAGGCCUUAUUUAAGUAGAUAAAUGUAGAAUAUAGUAUUUUGUUCCUGGCAUUUCUCUUGAAGCUGUCUAGCAGCAAACACGAUAUUGAUAGUUCCGCGUUUUUUGCGGAAACGGCAUUGACUUUCGGGUAGGAGUCCUAGCUCCAGAUGUGCAUUCAGACGGUUCAGAAGGGCUCGGGCCAAGAUCUUGCCUGCAAUGGACAGUAGUGAAAUUCUGCGGUGAUUGUCGCAGGCCUGGCGGUUUCCUUUUGUGUUUGUACAGGUGGAUAAUUGAGGCAUCCUUGAGGUCUUGUGGUACAGUUUCUGUCUGCCAGAUGAUCUGGAAUAAACACAAUAGCUUAUCCGUCAGUGCUGGUCCACCCUCUUUGUAGAUUUUGGCAGGAAUCAUGUCGGUGCCAGGUACUUUGCCAUUGGAUAUUUGGCGGAUUGUUGUCUGUAUCUCAUCAAAAGUUGGGACGGCGUCUAGUGAAUUGUUCGUGGAACCUGGGGGGAGUCUUUCAAUGGCCUCAUCAUUAAUGUUGGAAGGCGUAUUGAGCACACUUUCAAAGUGUCCCGUCCUUCUUUCCAAGAUUUUCUUUUUGUCUGUAAUGCCUAAUAAUAAUGAGUUGGCCCUACGCCCCCCAUGGAUACACUCAUCCAUGGAUUAGUGGACAAUGACUUAAUAAUUAUAAAGCAGAAUUUAUUUUUUAUUUAUAAAUAAAAUAUUUAUUAUUUUAAUGAAAAAAUUUAAAAUAUUAUUUAACUCAAAUUAUUCAUUCAUUCAAUUUCAAUGUGCUGACGUAUGGGGGCCUAGAAAAUGUCCUAUUUGACAUUUUAAAAGAAAUAGUCAGUUUCUAUCAUUGUUAUUGUGUUUAACUUAAUAAUAUAUUUAUCUGAUUAAUCUUACUUGAUUUUACUUUAUCUUGCAUUCAUCUUUUUUCAUAACUGGUAGCUUGCGCACACUAACUUCAACUGAUAGCCAGCCCAGACAUGAGCAGCUGCGCAACCUGAAGUCAAGAGAGAUCAAUUUAGAUGUUGGAGCAGAAUUACUUUUUAGGUUAGUUUCAAAUUAUUUUUUGUAAUAUAUUUUAUUAAAUCUUUAUGCAUUUGCAGGUUUGAGGCCACAUCUCCGACACAACAUCCAAUUGUUAAAAGUUGUUUUUUUUCAUUGUUAAUUUCAACCAAGCAACUUCUUCCUGCAAUUUUACUGUAUGAAGCUCCUAAAACUUACUAACCCUAAACUUUUCAUCACAUCCGUUUGUUCAGACAACCAUUGUCAAUAAAAGCAUAUAGAUUUCUCCUGAUUUAAACCCCUUUCUCCAAUAUGUUUGGUAAAAUUAUUUUGAGGAAGGAAUAUCCACAACAGACAUUGGGAUCUUAUGAGUCCGUAUUGGCACUUUAUGGCCUUUAGAUCAGUCUACUUUGUAAAUUCAAAAUCCAUCACACACCAAGAAAAAUACCUUAAAGCUUUCUGCAGUUGACUUUAGACUUAUCUAGUCAGAUCAAGUAGUUAAAAUUAGAAUCAAGCGGAUCAUGCUUCUCAAUAAAAUGUCUUCACUUGUUGAACAUUACAUUUCUUACAAUUUUUGUGUUGCCAUGUGGUGGCGUGGCUAACAGUUUAAAAAUCACAAACAAGCAAUCAAGUCUGAGAACUAUACCUUUUUAAUGUUGAGGUAAAAUUCGUUGAACACAGCUGACAGGAAAAUCGCUCACACAUGCAGCCGACUCAAAGUAUCCGUUUUCACACACAAUAUCUAAAGUGUAUUUACUCAGUAUCAGACACAGCUGACUUCUCGUAUUCAGCUCAGAAACAGAAAAGGCCCCGGGUUUAAAUCCCCACUGCCUUAUGUAAUCUUAAAAUGAUGUCCACGUCAUGAACUGUUUACCAGUCCGCCGUGGGACAGGAUGCCCAUCUCAGUGAGUGUAAACAUGGAUAAAAAAUCGUGUCACAGGAGCAUGUUUUCUUUGCCCCAUGGGUUGCACCCUGCAAACAUAGGUGGCACCCCACCACAUAUAAAAAAUGAUACAUAAAAGUUACAAAAAGUGGCACAUUGCCACAUUUGCUUGUCUUUUAUAAAUUGAGAGCUGUUAAAGUUUUAUUAGGCAACCAUAAACUCAUAGCAAGAAAAUGCUAAGUCCCCUUAUAUUACCUUUUUUCCAUAGGCAUACUUUCACCUUGGCUUAGAUGCUGCAACUUAAAGAUUAUUCUGGGAAGUGCUUUAUAGCAGUAAAAGCGGCUUCAAUUAUUUUUUUUGCCCCCCCAAGUUGAUUACUACUUGCAUAUUUAAAAUCUUCAGAUUAGCAGAUAUUUACUAAAAAAGUAAUUUUCUUUAUCUUAAAAUAAAUAUUUCAAAUAAGGCUGCAGUUUUGUUUUUAGUUGACUUUUGAAAUAAAUAUGAUUUUACAUACACCCCUCUUCAUUUUUGUUCAUAGCUAUCAGCAAAUAUGGUCGGAAAUCCAGGUAGAUACCAAGGAGUCUGCAAAAAAAGCAGAGGUAACUUUUAACCCAAGAUUAGCUCAAAUCGGCUUAUUUAUGGCUUGUUCACAAAUAAAUGCAAAACACAAACAUAUGUAGUAUUUGGCCACAUCACAAAAUUGUAUGCAUAUUUGAUCUCUAAUUUGCCACCUCACAAACUCUCAUUUGCUACAUCACAAAAUUGUAUGUCUAUUUUAUUUCUAGCUCUUAAAUCUUAACAUUAAAAUGAUGCUGAAGAAUAGAAAACUAGCUAAUUUUAUAAUAGAAUUUUUUAAUUAAAUGGGCGUAAUCAUAAAUCCUCAAUGUAUACUAAAGUAAUGAAUACCUUAAAUGAGAUUUUUCAAAACAUUUGUAUUUAUUAUGUAAAUAGUAAUUUGUACCAAAAAAGUUGUAGAGGCUGAAGUCAAAACAUUAGAUUGAUUUUUGUUGAUGUCACUCAUGAAAACAGUUGUUUAAAAUAGCUUUAUAUAUUAAUCAUCUGCAAAAUUUCAGUUCGUAAGAUUAAAUAUUGAAGAAAAAUGUUUUCCCACUGCAUUUUUUUUUCAUUUUAAGCAUAUGGAAUCUCACCAGAUGAAGCAGAACUGUGAAUCCAUUUUAAUAAACAACUGACAGUACUUUUCAAUAUUUUUAGUUUUCACUUAAUUUUUAUGAGAAAUUAUAUGGCAAACCCAGGAGACUUUCCAAGCUCUGUAAUUAAUUUUUUUAUAAUUUUCUGAGUUGUGUGUCAAUAAUUUUGUGAAAGUUGAUGGUUGGGAAUGAUAGAGUGUAAAAGAUCAGCAUCAGGAUUUCUUUCAAAACUGAUUUUUUUUCCAAUGUUAAACUAUUAAAUAAUCUGAAUAGUUUGGAAUUCUUUAGAAGAUUAUCGUUCUAACAUCUAUGUUUUUGGCUAGGAGGUGAGCAUUCGACUGAACCCAAUGUUCCAAGUGUGGGAUAAAUGCGGAGAGUCUGUGUCUCAGCUAGAAGAAGAAGUAAAAACUAUCCCUAGCAUUCUCGCCACUCUUGAGCAGCUACAGAGUCUGCUGGGUAAAAUAAUCUAUUGAUCAUUGCUUUUCACAGUUUUUGUUUCCUUUUCUUUCAUUUCAGUGCCACCAAAGAGUUUAUAGGAGCCACUUGUAAAUUUUUAUCAGCAUAUACUAUAGUUUUUAUCGUUCUGGCAUCUGUAAUAAAUAUUUAAAUAUAAUUGUUGGUUUCUGAUACGGAAAAUAAAAAAUAUGUCCUUUACAAAUAGUCUAUCAUUAUUUACAUUACAAAUCCACCUAAUGGUGAGGAUCCUUCUUAAAGUUUAUUACAAAUUGUUGUAUUCCUUGGAAAAAUUUACAUUAUGUCAUUGAUUUUUUUGUGGAAUUAUAAAAUUAGUUAUAUUAUUUAAGUAAGCCUUUCUUUUUUUAAAAUUAGCAUCAUAUAUAUAUAAAUUUGCAGUGAGUUUGCGACAUGAUUUUACGAGAGCAGAAAAGGGACUUGACAUUCUUGAAAACCUUUGUGAAGAACAAGAGUUAAAAAAAAAGUGCCUCGAAGAACAGAGGAAGUUGACAGUGUACAAGCUGCAUAAAGAGGCAGAAGCUGACAAAAUUAAAGGUAGGUUAAUUUGAUCUUUAUUUGUAGAAAUGAACCUCAUCUGUUUCAAAUGACGUGUUUCAACUAAGAAAACAUACACAUUUUUUCACCAUGGCCUCAGACCCAAGAAGACAAGCCCUAAUGGCCACUGUAACAGGGUGAUGAUGAUGCAUGCUAUUUUAGUUUGUGGCAACAGAAAAGCAAACAGUCGAUUAAAUAAUUUAGAUUCAUUCGAAUAUUUCCUAUGAAAUUCAUUUCACACAUAAUAAGUCUUGUUGUUUGCAUAAGCUUCAAAGUCAGUUCAAUUCAUUCAAAUAUGAAAAAGUCAAUUUGAAGUUUUUUUAAAAUCUAUCUGUUAAUCUAUUCUUUUAAUUAAGAGCAAAUAUUUUUGUACACCAGUUGAAAUGGCCCAGACGCAUGCUAAAAAAAUGACCAAGCUAGAGUUGGACAAGAGAGUAAAUCUGCAGGAGAGAGCUGAAGCAUUCACUUCAGCUUUUAAGGAGGAUCUGGAAUUCUACCGUACUCAUGGACAUCCAGAUCGUAAGUGAUUUUGAUUUCUUUUUAAAAAGUUAGCCAGCAGUUUUCAUGAUGUAAAUUAAUAGCAUUUCUUUUUAAUCCUAAUAAUGCACAAUGUGAAGAAGAAAUUAGGCUAAGAGUCAGGGACUAGCAUAUUAAUCUCUAUUUUAUCUUAAAUUGCCAAAAUCUUUUUAUAAAGGAAAUUUUCUGGUAAGGUUGUUUUUUUUAAAGUUAAUUGCACACAUGGAGGCCAUCUCCUACCUAAGAAUAUAUAAUUCUUGGGUUUUUCUAGAAUUUUAGUGACAUUUUUUUCCCUCAGGUAUUACAAAAGAAUUUCCAAAGGUUACUAGUCUUAGUGAGAUUGUUAUUGAGGAAGACAAGGUUGCAUUGGAUUCUUUUCUUGGUCCCCUUGAUGUGGAUGGAACAUCAGGUUAGCCUCCCUUUAAUUCUCUGAUGUUUUGUAUGAAAAUUUCCUAAAGAAACAGAACCCAUAUUAUUACUUAUUUUAUUUUUGACACAUUACAAAGUAAUGCAAUAGAUAAUUAGGUUAUAAUUAUUUUUAAUUUUCGGGUUGGGGCGGAACAACAAAGACAUCAUUCUUAUCCCAUCACUAUGCAAAACUUACUUUUUUAUUGCUCAGAACAGAUGUUAUCUUUGUAUCGAAAUAUUUUAUAUACUUUGAUCUGUAAAAUAAACUACAUUUUUAAUAAAUAUAUACCAUCGUCUAUUAUUACUUAGAACUGUCUGGAGAAAAUGCAUACAUUGAAGACGACUACAUAGGAGACUUCUCCAUAAAAGAAGACUCUGAAUUUUUAGAGGACGUCGAUUACAUAAGUUCUACCGUUAUUGCCGACAUGGAGAUAGGGGAUGAUGAUUAUGAUGAUUCUCCUCUGACCAAAAGCUAUGAGUCAUCCAAACAAGAUGACAACCAGAAAACAGAUUCCAAUCUGGUCGAGAAAAUCUCUCGUGAAAAUAUGGACAAUAAAAUUCGAACACUAACUGCGACGAGCGACCCAGAUGAGCUUGAAAUUAAAACCGACGGGUUUGAAAACAACAAUGAAAUACUCAGUGGUCAAGUUGUCAGCGUCACAGAAACAGUGAACACAGUGUCAAAAGAUUCUGGAAUUGAUGAGGGCGUUUCCUAACCUGAGAAAAUCCAUUACUCUAAACGUCACUGUGUUUAUUUCUAUGUGGAGUCUCGAUUGCCCCACUCAUAUUAGAGUGCAAUAGUACUUAUUUGAGUUCUAAUUAUGUUAAAUUCAACCCUCGUCAACAGAGUUCCAUAGUUCAUUACUUUCAAAAUAUGCAUACUAUGAGUGUGUUGGAAAAGGAAGAUGGCCAAUGUUUAAUCCCAUCUCUUGACUUUGACAAUUGAAUUGCUGUUCCCCUCCCCCCCCUCCCCAGAAUUCAUUUCCUCCCAAAGAAUGGCUACCUUACUAGAAAUUUUUCCCCAUGGCUGGGGAGAGUUUGAAUCUGCUACCUCUUGGUUGAGAGGUAUUCAGUGCCACCAGGUCCUCUGCAUAUAUCAACAUUAAAUUUGCCCCACCUACCCCAAUCCGUCCACCUCACAUAAAGAUAUUUAUUCACCCCAGGAAUCUUACUUAGGAUAAUCGAGGCUCUACUGCAUAAAUAUUGUCUCAUCUUCAUGAAUCCACAUUGAAAAAGGCCUGAAGUGGGGAUAUUUUUAACCUUGCAAGUGCCUUAGAGGGGAAAAGCUUUGAUAUCAUGGUUUAUUUAAUUAAUGGUUACUUUUACAGUUCUUUGUUCACAUCUAUUGUGUUUUUGCUUAUUCUGCAAAUGUAACCAGCAUUUCCAACUGGUAGGGUGAACAGUUAUGAUAAUUUUAAUAAUCAGUUUUGUGAUGUCAUUAUUCACAUGAAAGCCUAUUGCAAUAUUUAUGUCAAUUAAAGAUAUGUGUAACACCUGGCAGUUGGACUACCGGUAUCUAUUUUUGUCUUAUCAUUUUGGUGAGGGAAAACUUUUUUCAUAUUUGAGAGUUUGAAAUUUUUAAAGACGUUUCACGCAACUCUCAAGGGUGUAAUUAAAAUGUAGUUCACUCAUUGAACUAAUCAUUCUUCCUUUUAAAAAAAACUUUAUUUCUAUCCUGAUUUCAUAUGAACUUGCUAUGAAGCUGAUUUCUUGUUCACAUGGUGCUAUAAUAAAAUUAUUUGUUUUUGUUUUUAAAUUAUGGCCUCUUAAUUUUUUUCUAAUGCACUGGGUCUAUUGAUCUUCUGGUCCAAGAUCCUUAAUUUAAUGAAAGAUUUUUUAGGAUAUGAGUUGACAAUUAAGUAAAUUUCUUGUGUGCCUGGUAGAUCCUUGAUAGUAUGCCUACAUUGUGGUGGUCACUGGUGGUUGUGGAGCAUAUUUUAAAUCAUAACUGAUACAGGUAUUUUAAAAUAAUCUUUCACAUUUUUUAAUAAAAAAAGACAGUUACUGUAUUGAGUUUGAAUAAAAUAUAAAGUAUUUUAGUCAUUCUGCCAUUAAAAAAAAUUAUCAGUACAUAAAUUAUUUUAAAUAUAUAUUUUUUGAAAUAUUUAAUACAAAAUGAACAUGAAUUUCAAGAAAUUGUUAAAGAUGUACCUAGGCACAUAGAGAUACAUUAUUUUAAUCUGUAAACUAUUUACACAAAUGUUUUCAACUUUUAUUAUAGGAUCAGGACCAAUCAAAGUCAUGGGGAAACCCCACCCCCCUCCUUCCAUGUGGUCGGUGUUGAAUACCACUGGUCACUAGAGUCUUAUCUAAUUGAUUCCACAUUUCAUUUUCCAAUACACCAAAGAAUGACUUACCUCAAUUAGUAAAUGAAACAGCCCAUUCCAUCUACUUGCAAGGGAUUAAUUCGUAACAUUAAUUAUGACAUGCAUGGUGCUCUUGACUGACCUCUGUUAUAGAUUUAUUUAUUUAUCAAAAUAUGAACCCUAAUUUUUAGAGCAUCCUUCAAAUUGUUUGGAGAGAAUGGAUAAUUUAUUGCUCAAUUGAUGUUCUGUAGUGUGUCAAAUUUAUGUAAGUAAUUUCAUAUUAGUUUCUUCUACUCCAAGGUUUUAACAUUACAGAUAUUGCUGAGUGUUUGUCUUCAUGGUUUGCAUGAAAUGAAAAUAAUAUAUAAAUUAUAGAAUGCCACUGGAAUGUUUUUUAAAAAUAAAUGAAAAUAAGUGUAUUUGGUAAUGUACAAGAUUUUUUUUUUGGUGCAGAAAUAUAAGUUUAUUGGAUCAGACUCUUAUCCUUGUUUUAAGAUUUAGGGAGACUUAGUGUUUUCAUUUUAAGGAAGGGGGAGGGGGAGAGUCUUUAUACAUUGAGAAUGUCUAUAGUUAAUAUACAUUGAGAAUGUCUAUAGUUAAUAUACAUUGAGAAUGUCUAUAGUUAAAGUAAAAUCUUUCAAUAAUAAUUUUAUUACUGAUGAGUUUCAAAAAUAUUGUUGGAAUUGAACAUUAUUUUUAUUAUAAAAGUAUUACACUCAAUCCAUUUUGCACAAUUCAAUAUAUUUUUCUCACAUGCUUUUGAAAUUCAUUCUUAAUAAGAAAUAUUCUGUUCACAUAUUAAAAGGAAUUGUAAAUACCAAUCAUUCUUUUUUUUUUUUAUACAUGUAAAUUAAU